CUCUAUAUCUGAGGCAGCCUCCUGCCUCUUCGCCAUUAAACUACUAGAUUAUAUCCGUUUAUGAAAAACGAGAGAAAAGGCAGAAAUCUGUUCCUGAAUGCGGGAUUAUGGUGAUAUGGAGUGGCUCAUGUCCUAAAUGUCACACAGCUUCCACUCCAAAUGGACAGGAAGUGAGAAGGUCGGUGUUUCAUCGCCAUUAAAAACAGCGGGUGGAGUUUUUUACCUGAAGUCCUGGUGUGUCCUGUUUGCAGAUGAGUCAUCGUGAGUGAACCGCAUGGAGUUCUCUUUUACUUAAGUGCCAUGAGAUGAAGCCUGGAGCAUAGUGACUGUGCAAAAGACAUAAUGGAAGACCUUAAAAGCACUCCAGUUGAAAAAUGGACAGAGUCCAUGGUAAGCAAAUGGUUAACCUCAAUAGGAGUGAAAGAAACUUACGUUAAAAAACUUAACGAAGAGGAAGUAGAUGGCCGAGUCCUCAUUGAAAUCACAGAGGAUUUUUUGAAAAACGAGACUGGAAUGAAAUCUGGCCAAGCACAUUUGAUAAUUGCGCAAAGAAAUAAGUUAGUUAGUACUGUACAAAAGGCUCAGAAGCAGAAGGAUAAUGCACACGAAAGGACUGCUAAAAAUGAUGAUCAAGGAGCCACAUCUAUCAAGACUAACUCAAUAACCAGCAGUCCACAGAAAGGAGAGGACAAAGAGGAUUCAGUGAUUGUUCCAACAACAAAAAGGGAUUCAAAGCCACGAUCUUUUGGUAAAGAGGGCAUUGACUACAUGUAUGUGAAGCACAAUGUUCUAUACCCUGAAACAGGUGUCAUUGAUCUUAUAACACCAUGUCAUGAGUACAAGGCAUUUACUACUGCUGCUAAUUUAGACCGCCAAAGACUUCAAGCAAAGCUGGCAAGGGAAGUUUUAAAAUUUGCCAUGGGAUGCGUAAACAUUAGAUCAAAUGGUACAAUACACUUUGGUAUAAUGGACAGCAAGGAAAAUUCUGGCCAUGUGCAUGGUGAAAUCAUUGGCAUUCCCAUUAAGGAAAAAGACAUGUAUGUUGAUGCACUGGAUCAUAUUGAAAGGAGUUUCAAGCUCACUUCUGAUCGUGACCUGGUCAGGCAGUGUAUUCGACCACCUGAGUUCAUUCGGGUUUUUGACCCAAAUAGCAAAGUUGAACGCUACGUAGUUGAAUUUGACAUUGUACCCUCUGUGAGUAUAGUGAGGAAUAGGGUUUUUUCUGUCCAGUUGCCCAACUUCAAAGAGAAGACCAAUAAAGUUGAGUUUGAAAAAGAAACAAUUUACCGCAGAGUUGGCUCCAAAACAGAACCAGUUCUUGAAGCAAGUGAAUUUUAUCAGGCAGUCCAUAUCAGAGAUGCUCAAAGAGAAAAAGCAGAGCAAGCACACAGUUUCACAGGCCCAGGCCUUUGCCAAGAUCUUGGAAGAAAACUCAUCAUGCUUGUAACAAGUGGGAAGAAACUAAUGGAAAAGGAGAAAUGGUACAUACUCGUCACCAACACAUUUUCAAAGGAAGAUCUAAAACACAUUGAUUUCUUACUAAACAUGAAGUUAUUCUGUGUGUUUGACUUUGACCCAGAUUCCAUGGUGUCUGGGUUAUGUCAUGAAUAUGUUAAGCACCAUGCUGUGAACCUUCAUUUCAUGCAUGACUACAAAAAGUCAAAUGAUGUGAGCAUCAGAGAAUUUGAGAACCACCUCCACUUGUUUGAACAAAUAAGCUGGAUAUUUUGUAAUGGACGAAGUGAUUUCAAAGGUAAUGAGCUGCCUUGUGAUGAAAAUACUUGGUCUAAGACAAGGAGGACAUUCCUCAAGGAUUGCGUUGCAUGGAUCUGCAAGGAUAUCUUGCCCAAAGGAACCUUUCUUGUGAUCUUCCUUCUUACUUCUCCUGUUGAGACACCUCUUCUGAACACAUUCUAUGAGUUUUUCACCGACAUGGAAGGUCAUGAAGACAUCAUAUGCAUCUCAGAAUCAGCGGAGAACUUUAAAAAAUGGCAGGCGUUUGCUCUUGGAUCCUGUGACAACGAAACUGUAAACACUUCAAGUGUUGUAGGGAUGAAAAUUAGCCACAUCAAUGCAACUCUCCAGAGCAUCCAGACCAAUACCACUCGUACAACCAAGCACUUAGCUGUUUAUGUCAAAGGAGAAUGCCGUCUUGAGACAUGUGAGGAGGAAAGGAUGUGUUCCUUGGAGAUUUUAGGUGUCAACCAGUGUGAGGACUCCAGCCUCGAAUACAUUGAAUCAGAGAAAGAAAAAAUAGAGAGAGAGUUUUACCUUGGAGGAAAAGUGACAUGGAUGAACUUUUGGCUUGCAGAGAAAAAUUUUGUUGGGGAGAUGAUUCAAAGAGAUGCCUACAGUGAAGUGACCAGACGUCUGGGAGACAUUCUUAAAUGGAGUUUAGAUCAGAUGCCCAUUGAUAACAUCAACAUAUACCAUCAUCCGGGCAGUGGUGGAAGUACAGUAGCAAGGCAGGUUCUUUGGAACCAAAGAAAGGAGCUAAGGUGUGCAGUGGUGAAACCAUCUUACUCUGCUGGCACAGUUGCAGAACAUGCUGUUAAACUUCGGGAAUAUGAAGAAAAGGAUCCACAGAAGUGCCUACCUGUACUCUUACUUAUAGAGGAUUGUGACAAAGAGUAUUUGGAAGACUUGAAGAAUGAAUUAGGAGUAGCUGUCUACACCAAGAAAAUUGGACAGGGAAUACCAUGCUUCAUUCUCCUCAGCUGCAGACGAUCCCACACUCCAGAGGACCUGUGCAAGGGGUCACCACUAUUGAAUGUCUCUGUGACUCACAAACUUUCAGCAGAAGAGAAAAGAAAAUUUGCAGGUAAACGGAAAAAACUUGAGCAAUGUUUCCAGCCGGAGUUCAUCCUGACAUUCAUCUUGAUGAGUGAGGAAUUUGAACGUCAGACCAUUGCCAAAUAUGUAGAGAAGUUUGUAUUGCAUUUACUCCAAGACAUUGAUCAUGCAACUGUCGUUACCCAACUCAUUCGCUAUGUAGCUUUGCUCAACACCUAUGUUCAGAACUCUUUCAUUUCUCAGUCACACUGUGAAGCCCUUCUUGACUUAUCUAUCCGUGUGGACAGAUUUCAACAACAUGCAUUUGAGCAUUCUCUGAGUGAGCAGGCCAAACUGGUCUUUAUACAUUUGAGAGAUGAAAGGACCAACAUUAAAUCUAUCAGAAUCAUUCAUCCACUAGUUGCUAAGGAAAUUCUCCAUCAGCUUUUGGGUCACCACCAACAAAGUGACCUUGCACUUGCUCUUCUCCAUGAUGAAGUACUUUUUGAACACAGAUUUGGUAGAGAUGAGUACAUGACGAUCCUUCGUGCAUUGUUCAUGAGACGCUGCAGGAUUAGCAAAGGUGAUGAAUCGGACAGCUUUUUCUCUCCCCUCAUUGAACGUGUAAGAGAAAAGGAAACGCCAGAAAAAGCAAUUGAGCUUCUCAAUGAAGCAUAUAAAAGAUUCAACAAGGAUGCAUUAUUUGCUCAGCAACUAGCUCGUCUCUGUUGCAGACACGAAAGAUUUGAAGAGGCAGAACGUUGGGCAUACAUUGCAGCAAAUAAAAUGCCUAACAACUCCUACAUUCUUGACACCAAAGGCCAGGUGUACAGAAGAUGGUUCACAAAAAAAUGCAAAGCCAUAGACGAGAUUCGCAAAACGGCAAACAACACAGCUGAUGCCAUUGAAACGGCACUUAAAGCAAUCGAAUGCUUCCAAGAAUGUGCGAAGGCAGCAGUUGCGGACACUGAAUCAAUGAACAAUGCAGGAUCUUUUGCAGUCGUAGAGGUGGGAUGCGGCUUGUUAAAGCUAAUAUCUUCACUUCGUGUGUUUUCAAACAAGACUGAUGGUCAUUCUGAAUGCCUGAAAUACCUUCUUACAGACUACAUUCCCAAAGAUGUUGAAAAGCCAUGGGAACACUUUCACUGCCAACUCAAAAGACUCCAAGGCACAAUGCGGGCAGCACUGGAGUGGAUAUCAGAAGACUUGAGUUAUUUCCAGACAGACCUAAAUACAGAUGAGGACGAAACCUCUAUAAGCUGUGAGAUGACAGUAAUUCACCCAAAGCAUUGGUUGGUAACCAAGUCUUCCGUUUAUGGCAAGUUUUUCAGUGAAGCUUCACUCAGCACAGUGCCUACCCAUUUGCCGUCUAAUCCAGCUACAUUGACUCCCUUCACAAAACGCAUGAUUAUUUGCAAGCUUGGUGGGGGAAACUUCACAACAAUCUUUUCCAUACUUGACCAGAAAGACAAGGUAAAAAUUUUGGAGGACAUCAUUUCACUGUAUCCAAAGAAUCCAGUGGGUGCCAAAAUGUGUCAAGAAGAGCUUGUCAACUACAUAGCAUCACAUUUUGCUUUAAGUGCAGUCUCAGACACGUCACCGAGACUGGCUGCCCUAAGUGAUCUGCAAAAACUCAGCAACCUUUUUCCUCAUGACUUGUCAAGAUGCCUGUCAAGCGCUCUGUUCUUAUACAUCAUCUUGUUUUGGCCAGAGGAGCAUGACCCUGAAAAGGAAUACAAAUUUGAAAAAAUUUUGUCUGCCCUCGAAUUCCUCCAGCGAACAUACUGGACCAGAAUGAAGGAUAUCCCUCAUAGACGGAGGAGGAUUUACACCCACUUCUUCCUGGGAAAUGGAGUUGGAUAUGGUAAAUUUGUCCACAAGAGUCAAAUUGAAAACAUCACAAAACUUUCCUCAGUUUCAGAAAGGCGUAUGAAAUGGUUCAGAGGGGAAUUGUGGAAAGCGCCAGAAAUCGCUGGAGUACUCAAACGUGUGACUGGCUGGACCGAGAAUGGAAAUGUGUACCUUGAGGGCCCCAAGAUGAAAAAGUUCCCAGUUCAUGCUCUUUAUAUACACUCCGUGCCUCAUGGCAAUGAGAACGUCACAUUCUAUCUUGGCUUCACAUUCAGAGGUCCUGUAGCAUACAACGUCACAGUAAAAAAUGAGUGAAAUUGAAAUUCUAAUCCAACAUUUAUCUGAAAAACAAGGAAAUGAACAAACCCAUUGUAAUUAACUGACGAUGAGGAUAUUUCCACAAUGUUUAAGCAAAACAAUGACAUACAAGCAAACUAAACUCUUAAUAAUAGACGUGGAAUUUUGGUAAUAUUUUAACGUCAAUAUCGGGUCAAAAAUGUUUUACUUCAUUCCAUGAUGCAUGGGAAAAAGUUCCUUUUAAUAUUCUUGAAAAUGAGUUGUGCAAAAGAGUUGUCAGGGUUUAGGAAGAUUCUGUAUUAUAAGCACUUUGAGAGAACCAUGAUUGGUCCUUUGAACAAAGCACUUAACCAUCAACUGUUCAGCAAUAGAUUUGAAAAGGAUGCUCGGGACUAGAAUCAAGUAUCUUAAUAUAUGUGCUUAUUCUGUCUGUUGAUACAAUAGUAUUAUAUUUUCUAGGUUUUUUUGUAGUCUUGCUUACAUUGUUGAUGUCAUUAAUGUUGUACCUCUAUAUUAAGUAAUAUAUAUGCUUAUUGUGACUGAGAAACAUUUACAUUCUGAAAAGUGUACUUUUUACAAAUAUUCUUUAAACUGUAUCAUUUGGUGGUGAUGACUAUAUCGAUCAGUGAUCUUCAGCACUUAUUUUUUUCGAGGACUUUUCUUGCAUUUGUGUCUUAAAACAUGAUGGGUAACCCUCAAAAAUGCAGCAUUUAAACUUGAAACAUUAUUAUUUUUAUUGUUCAUCACACUUGCUAUUGUCAUAUACUAAGGAGGAAAUAUGUAGUUUUAUUGCAGAUUACACUACCGUUCAAAAGUUUGGGGUCACUUUGUAAUUUCCUUAUUUUUGAAAGAAAAGCACUGUUCUUUUCAAUGCAGAUCACUUUAAACUAAUCAGAAAUACACUCUAUAGAGGGAUCCCGCAUGACGUCACCGCGCCGCGAGAUUUCGGUAGUCGCCAUAUUGGAAGACCAAGUACACAUCUAUGCAAGUACAUAUAUACAUAAAACAAACUACACCUGAAAUGUAGCCAGGGCCGGUUCUGCCCUAAUCUGGACCCGGGUGCAACAUCGCGCAACACCCCCCCCCCACC